AUGGAAAUAUCGAUAUUUUCUAGUGUUGAUAGUGAUUUGGAUGUGCUGGCUCAGUUAUCCGAUUGGGAUACUGAUAGCGACGCUGAGGAUAGACACCGCGCUUCUUCACGAAAAAUUAGAAGAGUUAACUACAUGCAGAGCCUGGAUGAUGCCGAAUUCACGUUUAGAUUUAGGUUAUCCAAACCUGCUUUCACAUCGCUUUUGAUGAAAUUGAUGCCGUUUAUUCGUGUAAACUCAACAAAAACAUUUGAUGUCUGGAAGCGUCGCUUCCCUGUUGUGGCAUUAACACUGCGUUUAUCAUGCCUAAGGUUCAGGCAAUAA